AUGCCUCCAAAUACUACAUCCAUUCUACAACCAAUGGUCCAAGGAGUUAUGUCUAAUUUUAAAUGCUAUUAUCUUCGGCGAGCAUUCAAUCAACUACUUAAUGCUACAGAUGGACACAAUAAGCCGUCAAUGAAGGAGUUGUGGAAAAAUUAUUCCAUACUAAUGGCUAUUGAAAAUAUAGAUCAAUCAUGGAAGGAGGUAAAAAAAACCUGUAUGAACGGGAUGUGGGGACAAAUAUGGCCUGAGUGCAUCCAGAUAAAUAUGCCAGAAAUUAAUGAGGUGUCUAACAUUUGUGAAAGUCUUGCUGAACAUGCUAGAAUAGCAAAAGUUGAUGGAAUGGAAGAUAACAUUAUCGAGGUAUUGGUGGCAAACGAAGACCUAAUUUCUAUUGAUGUGGAACAUGCAUUACAAGACGAAACACCUACCCAAGAUAAUGAAGCACAAGACAAAAAUCUGAAGACUGCACAAAUAUCAGAAGCUAUGCAACUUAUCUCAAAAGCCAUGGAUAUUUUUACGGAUAACGAUUCAGACGAGAGUCGUAGCAGUAAUGCCAAAAUUGCUAUAGAAGCUGCUAUUAACUGCUAUAAGGAAAUUUAUUUACAAAGAAAAUCUAUUGAAGUUCAACGAAAAGGAAACAAUUUUUUUCAAAAAACUAGACAGCCAUUAAAUCAGACCCAUAUGGUAACGAUUGUUUUAGACUAA